AUGCCCCUUGACGCUGCUACAUAUGAGAGCCUCGCCGGAACCUUUCGACAGAGAUUGGUGGAGAACUAUACACCACUGGACUACGACUGUGCUGCCAGUAUCAAAGAAGAUAAAGACGUGUGUGCGACAUACCGAGGCUACAUCAAGUUCCUCACCAAGGACUUGGAGCACAUGUACGUCGAUGACGGAAGCGUUUCGAAACGUUCCCAUAAGCAGAAGCUGGAAUCGAUCGCUAAGGAGAUGAUCGUCCGUGGCAAGGCCUUCGCAGAAGCAAUCCGAAAGAACUACGCUGAUCAUAUCCGUCUAUCCAUUCACCCAUCCGCCGGAUCCACCAAAAUCUCUAUCAAAGUGUUGCCUCUGGCUCUCCACGCCGUGACCCCCUGGCACUCAUCUCCCUGCUUCACCGUGGACGGAAGAAUCGAGUACGGGAUGCGCGAGGUAUUUGAUAACCGUGAGGACGUGGAGUUAGUACACAAAGAUGGAAGACCAUGGUACUACCGCGAGAAAUCGGACCUGUACAGAUGGUCUGAGUCUGUGGAGAUCGAGCCCCAAUACCCUUGUGGCCUGAUCAUCCGACCAACUGAGAGUAACACAUCAGUUACGGAUCUGGACAUGCUCAAGCUCCGUGGACUAGUCCAGGAGAACUCUCCCGUGGUUCUCCGUGGCUUCAACGAUACCCGUGACAAGGAGCUGUUUGUCAAGAAGGCCGAGGAAAUGGGAACUCCUAUGCCCUGGAAGUUCGGUUUGAUACUUGAGGUCAAAGACCACGGUACUGAAUCCCAGGGCCUUAAUAAUGUGCUAUCCGCCGAGUGGAUGCCAUUCCACUAUGAUGGCCUCUUCAAAGUCAAGAAGGAGAUAAAUGCUGAUGGAAAAGAAGUCACUGUUUCUUGCCCGCCUAAAUUCCAAUUCUUCACCGGCAUGACUCCCUCCCCCAAGGACACAGGCUUCACGCUCUUCAGCGCCUCCCACCUCAUCUGGCACUACCUCCCCCAGAACUACACACUGGAACAACUCUCAAAGCUAUCCUGGACAGUGAGAACCACAUCCUUCGAUGAAGCCAAGAUCACCGACCUACCACUCGUUGUCCCACACUUUGCUCACAACAGACCCUGUCUUCGGUACCACGAGCCUUGGCCUCAAGAGAAAACGGCCUUCGACCCGACAUACAUCACGAUCCAGGACGUUCCCAACUCCCCGGAGAUAUGCCAGAUGCUAGAUUCGUUGCUUCAUGAUCGUCGUGUGGCUUAUUGGCAUUCGUGGGAGGAGGGCGACUGGGUUAUUAGUGAUAAUGUGACGAUGAUGCAUACGCGGAGCUCGUUUACGGCCAAGUCGGAUCGGUGUUUGAGGAGGAUUCAUGUUGAUUGA